GUCGGACUGGAGGAUCGUCGCCAACCCAAAGAGUACAGGGAUACGACAGGUGAUUAGAGACGAGGGAAGUUACAGUAGCCUAACAAUUAUCAUAAUAAUGCACCAACAUGGCUCUGUUGGAACUGUACACCGAGUACAACAGAGUGUGGAUUCCAGAUGCAGAACAUGUGUGGAAAUCAGCCGAGAUAGUGAGAGAUUUUCACUCUGGAGACACUGUUCUUGAACUGCGUCUCGAGGACGGCACAGAGCACCACCAUCCCCUUGACCCGUCAAACACACGACUCCCGCCCCUUCGCAACCCAGACAUCCUGGUCGGGGAGAACGACCUCACCGCCCUCAGUUACCUCCACGAACCUGCCGUCCUGCACAAUCUCAAAGUACGAUUUGUGGAGUCCAAGAUCAUCUACACCUACUGUGGUAUUAUACUGGUGGCUGUAAAUCCCUACAAACAGCUCCCUCUCUACGGAGAUGCAAUCAUUCACGCCUACUCAGGCCAGAACAUGGGCGACAUGGACCCUCAUAUAUUUGCAGUGGCAGAAGAGGCUUACAAACAGAUGGCCAGAAACCACAAGAACCAGUCGAUUAUCGUCAGUGGUGAAUCUGGAGCCGGUAAAACCGUGUCUGCUCGAUAUGCUAUGAGGUACUUUGCUGUCGUGAGCAAGUCUGGCAGCAAGACUCGAGUCGAAGACAAAGUCCUGGCAUCAAAUCCAGUGACAGAGGCAAUGGGCAAUGCAAAGACCACCAGGAAUGACAACAGCAGUCGAUUUGGGAAAUACACAGAGAUCAGCUUUGACAGGAGGUAUCGGAUCAUUGGAGCAAACAUGAGGACGUACCUCCUAGAGAAAUCCAGAGUCGUCUUUCAGGCUGACAACGAGCGGAAUUAUCACAUAUUUUACCAGAUGUGUUCCUGUGCUCAGCUGCGCGAGUUCAAGAACCUAAGACUGUUGAGCGCAGAUAAAUUCCGCUACACCUGCACGGGUGGUGACGUCACUAUUGAAGGUGUAGAUGACAAGAAAGACCUGGAAGAGACUCGACGGACCUUUUCAAUGCUGGGGUUGAAGGAAGACUUUCAGUCGGAUGUCUUCAAAGUGUUGGCAGCCAUAUUGCAUUUGGGCAACGUGGAGAUCAGAGACUCAGGGAAGGACAAAUCAUCAGUUAGUCCCAGUGAUCCACAUGUGGCCGUCGUCUGUGAGUUGCUGGGUGUGAGUGCAGAGGCCCUGGUGCGUUGGCUGUGCCAUCGGAGGAUCGUUCUGGUGGCUGAGACAGUGGUGAAGCCAGUGCCCAGGGAGCGGGCAGUAAAUGCCAGAGAUGCUCUUGCCAAGCAUAUCUAUGCACAUCUUUUUGACUGUAUUAUUAACAGAAUCAAUACAGCACUGCAGGUCCCAGGAAAGCCACAUGCUUUUAUAGGUGUUCUGGACAUUUAUGGCUUUGAAACAUUUGACAUCAACAGUUUUGAACAGUUUUGUAUCAACUAUGCAAAUGAGAAGCUUCAACAGCAGUUUAACUUGCAUGUGUUCAAGCUGGAGCAAGAGGAGUACAUGAAAGAGGACAUCCCGUGGACGCUGAUAGAUUUCUAUGACAACCAGCCGGUCAUUGACCUGAUCGAAACAAAGAUGGGGAUCCUCGACUUGCUUAAUGAAGAAUGUCUGUUUCCUCAGGGCACUGACCAAUCCUGGCUGCAAAAGUUGUACACCUACCUUGACACCAAUCCUCUGUUUGAGAAGCCCAGGUUGUCGAACGAGGCUUUUGUAAUACAACACUUUGCAGAUAAGGUGGAGUAUCAAUGCCGAGAUUUUCUUGAAAAGAACAGAGACACUCUCUAUGAAGAACUGCAGGACAUUAUGAAAGACAGUGAGUUUCCUUUUCUCGCCAAUUUUUUCCGAGAGGAGGAGCAAAGCACUGGGACCAGUAAAGGUGUCAAAGUGAGACCUGCCAGGCCUCGGGUGAAAGCAGCUAAUAAACAGCUGAGAGCGUCUGUGGGAGAUAAGUUUUCCAGCUCCCUCUCGUUACUGAUGGAAACACUGAACGCUACCACUCCGCACUAUGUGCGCUGCAUUAAGCCAAAUGAAGAAAAACUCCCAUUUGAGUAUGACUCCAGGAGGGUUGUGCAGCAGCUGCGAGCCUGUGGCGUCCUUGAAACGAUCCGUGUCAGUGCACAGAGCUAUCCGUCCAGAUGGACAUAUAUUGAGUUUUACAGCCGAUACAGUAUCCUAAUGUCGCACCAGGAAGCGGACCUCAGUGACAAGAAGCAGACCUGCAAAAAUGUGCUGCAGAGAUUGAUUCAGGACCCCAACCAGUACAAGUUUGGUCGGACAAAGAUCUUCUUUCGCGCUGGUCAAGUAGCUUAUCUAGAGAAGCUGCGUCUGGAUCGACUUCGAGGUGCGAGCGUGACCAUCCAGAAGCAUGUCCGCGGGUGGAGUCAGAGAAGGAAGUACCUGCGUAUGAGAGAGGCAGCCAUUGUCCUCCAACAGUACAUCCGCGGAAAAAGAACAAUUCAUAAAAUGGUGAGUGCUGCCACACUGAAGCGGGGUUGGGCAACAGUGGUGAUCCAGAGACACUGGAGAGGUUACCGCACGAGACAGAUCUACCAGCUAGUCCGUCUGGCCUCUGUCACCAUCCAGGCCUUCACACGAGGUUGGAUGGCCCGUAAACGCUACAAGAAGAUGGUGGAAGAGCAGAAGGCCCUGAUUCUGCAGAAGUAUGCCCGAGCAUGGCUGGCUCGACGGCGAUUUCAAACCAUGCGCCGACUUGUGCUUAACGUUCAGCUUUCAUUCCGAGUGCAGAAGCUCCGAAAGAGGAUUGAAGAGCAGAAUAAAGAGAACUGUGGGCUGGUAGAAAGACUGACCAGCUUGGCCAGCACCCAUUCUCACACUGUGGACAGACUCCAGGGUGUGGAGGCACAGCUGGAAAAAUCAACCAGGCAGAGGGCAUCUUUGGAGGCCAGAGAGAGGACAGUGAAAGAAGGAGCUACUCUGACGAUUGCACAGCUUCAAAAGGAGAUAGAUGCCCUAACCCUUGAAAAGCAGGACUUGGAGAAAGAGUUCGAAGCUUCCACUAAAGAAGCCAAAGAGAGCUUUGAUGUAAUCAAGAGGCAUCUUCUUCACGAGAAAGAAAAUGAAGCAAGGCUAAGAAAAAUUGCAGAGAACAACACUGAGAUCCAGAGACACGACCAUGAGAAGGAGGUGGAGGCUCUGAAAGAGGAGAUCAAGAGAAUGAAGGAGGAGAGAGUCGGUCUGCACAGAAAGAUAGAGGAGGAGGGCCAGGUCACAUCUGACCUGCAGGAACAGGUCGUCCAGCUCACCAAGCACGUCAAGGCCAUUCCUGAGCUACGCAGAGAUCUGAACAACCUGCAAAAUCAGAGAACUAACAUGGACCGAAAGAUGAAGCAACAGUCGGAACAAGCAAGAGCCAAGAUGAACGAGAUUACAAGACAACUUCUUGGUGGCGUUGUUGAAGAGGAGGUUCUUUUAGGGCUGACUCCAAAUGACUCUGAGGCCAUUUAUGAAGUUGAAGAUUUGCUGGCAGCAUUUGAAGGCCUGCAGAAAGCUACCAGAAUAUUGGAAAACCACCAGAGGGAGCAGAAGGAAAGCUAUGAGACCCAGCUUGAGGGUAUGCAAUUGAAAGUGGACCACCUUCAAAACGAGAACAGCAAGCUGCAAAACCUUUUCCAGGAGAAGAGUAAUAUCAAUGAGAAUAUUCGCCAAGAAGUAUCCAGACUCAGCAGCGAGAACUCAGUUAUACCAGAGCUGACACUGCAGGUUUCAGAGCUGCAGAGACAAAAACAUGAAUUGGAAGUCCAUGUAGAGGAGCAGAGCACAGAGUUAACAGAAAAAACCGAGGAGAUCACCAACAUUCUUCAAAAGAAGAUUAAAGAAGAGAGCUCACAACGCAGGCACUUUGAGGAGAAAGCUGAGGCGCUGGAGGAAGUGAAGCGGGAGCUUCAAGGUCGUGUAGAGGACCUGGAAGAGGAGAAUGAUCAUUCAAAGAGACAGCAGCUGAUGGAGACCGAAGCCAAGAGCAAACUGAGACAGGAGACUUCAAGGUUAACUGCUGAGAACAUGGACUUUGAAGAGCAGCUGGACCAGAAAGACAGAUUAAUAAAGAAACUCCAGAAUCAAAUACAUAGCCUUGUGUCCUCACAGAAAGCCAAGGAAAUGUCCGCGGCCGUUAUUCCUAAAGAUUACCUCGGCAUGUUGGAGUUCAAGAGAGAGGAUGAACCCAUGCUCAUCCAAAACAUCAUCCUUGAGCUGAAGCCCAAGGGUGUGGUGGUCAACAUGAUCCCGGGUCUGCCGGCUUACAUCCUCUUCAUGUGUGUCCGCUACGCUGACUAUCUGAACGAUGAAGCCAAACUCAAGUCUCUCAUGAAUGCAACCAUCUGUGCUGUCAAAAAGGUCAUCAUGAGUCACCACAAAGACUUUGAGUUACUGUCCUUCUGGCUCUCGAACAUGUAUCUGCUGCUCAACUGUCUGAAGCAGUACAGCGGGGAGGAGGAGUUCAUGAAACACAAUACUCCCGAGCAGAAAAGGAACUGCUUGCAGAAUUUUGAUUUGUCAGAACACAGACAAAUUCUCAGCGACCUGGCCAUCCACAUCUACCAUCAGCUUAUCACGGUCAUGGAAAAGACCCUGACUCCUGCAAUUGUGCCCGGUAUGCUGGAGCACGAGAGUCUACAGGGGAUUUCUAGCAUGAAGCCGACAGGCUUCAGGAAGCGUUCCAACAGUAUCUACGAGGACUUGGAGACCCACACCAUCUCCUCCAUCAUUCAGCAGCUCAGUGUCUUCCACUCCACCAUGAACCAGCAUGGCAUGGAGCUGGGCCUCAUCAUACAGGUCGUCAAACAACUGUUUUUCCAAGUGGGCGCAACCACCCUCAACAAUAUCAUGCUCCGCAAGGAUAUGUGUUCCUGCAGGAAGGGAAUGCAAAUCAGGUGUAACAUCAGUUACCUGGAGGAGUGGCUGAAGGAGAAGGAGCUUCAAAGCUUCAGUGUUAUAGAUACUCUGAGGCCGUUGUCUCAGGCUGCUUGGCUGCUGCAGGUCAACAAGUCCACGGAUGAGGACGCCAAGGAGAUCACUGACAAAUGCACUGAGCUCAACUCUGUUCAGAUUGUCAAGAUUUUGAAUUCAUACACGCCCAUUGAUGAUUUUGAGAAAAGGGUGACGUCAUCAUUCGUCCGCAAAGUUCAGUCAUUACUACAAGAUCGUGACGGGUCCACACAGCUGAUGCUGGACACAGAUUAUCGUUUCCAGGUCACGUUUCCUUUCUGUCCGUCCUCGCAGGCUCUGGAGCUGCUGCAGGUCCCAAACAGUCUCCAUCUGGGCUUUCUGACCAGGAUCUGACACAACCAGCCUAUGACCUUUCCCUCCACAAGACUGAUUCAUAGUCCUGUGCCCAAUGGCUGUAUGUAAAUGUAUAAAUAAAUAUGUAAACACCUUUAAUAAACAAUGUUCACCACAUA